GAACAUUUCCUUUUGCAGAUUUUUUUCAUCUGGGGAAACAAGAAAAAGUUGCUGAGGGACUAUGGCAACUCAGGAAGCCACUCCAGGCAGCCAGUCAGACAACAGUGCUUUGGAACUGCCGUCUGCUCGUGACAUAAGAGAUUACGUGCUGCAAGAAGCCAGCCUGGAGGCCCCCAGCGAAGCUGUUAGUUCUGUAGAAGCCCUUUCUAUUUCUUCCUCUUCUGAGGUGGACCCAGCUCCCUCCCGCAAGAUGGAAGCAGCUGAAGGAGAAGAGUUACUGCCGCCGCGCCUCCCUGAGCUGUUCGACACCUGCCAGCGGCUUCUGGACGAGGUGGAAGUGGUGGCGGAACCCACCGGUUCCCGGGCAGUGCAAGAGAAGGUGUUGAAAGGACUACACCUCCUGAAGCAGUCUGCCGAGAUGUUAGUGCAGCUUGACUUGUUCAGCCAUAAUGAAGAUUUGGAAGAGAUUGCUUCCUCUGACCUGAAGUACCUGAUGGUGCCAGCACUUCAAGGAGCGCUCGCUCUGAAACGGGUCAACCCCAGCAAGCGGCUGGAUGAUUUGCAGUGGGCUCGAGAACACUUUUUAAUCUACUUAACUCAGUGCCAACACUAUCAUGUGGCAGAGUUUGAGUUACCUAAAACCAAGAACAACUCAGCUGAAAGUAACAUGGCUGGUUCUUCCAUGGCACAUCCUAACCUCGUUGCUAUGGCAUCUCAAAGACAGGCUAAAAUAGAGAGAUACAAGCAGAAGAAGGAGAUGGAGCACAGGUUGUCUGCCAUGAAAGCUGCCGUGGAGAGCGGGGAAGCAGACGAUGAGCAUGUUCGUGAGUAUUACCUCCUGCACCUGCGGAGGUGGAUCGGCAUCAGCUUAGAAGAGCUCGACAGCAUUGACCAGGAGAUCAAGAUCCUGAGGGAAAAAGACACCUCCAAAGAGGCAUCAGCUCCUGGCUCAACUCCUUGGUCCAGGCCUCCAAUGAAACCCUUUAUUCUCACUCGGAAUGCUGCCCAAGCCAAAGUAUUUGGAGCUGGUUAUCCAAGUCUGGCAUCUAUGACAGUGAAUGACUGGUAUGAUCAGCAUCGGAAGGUGGGAGCUUUACCAGAUCAGGGAAUACCCAAGACUACCUCAGAGGUCAGAAGAGGAGCUCAGCAACAUGAAGAGCAAGAACAAAAGGAGGAAGAGGAUGAUGAGGAAGCACUCCAGAGAGCUCGGGAGUGGGAUGACUGGAAGGAUACCCAUCCUAGGGGCUAUGGCAACCGACAGAACAUGGGUUAGUCUUCCCACAACAAGACGGGCGACAGGGGGCGCACCUCUUCCCCUCGAAGAACAGCUGUGCUGUCUUCCCAGUACCUGGGUUCUGGCUUUAGCUCUGUACCACAAAGGCAAAGACGCUUAAUCUUGCUUUGCAUUCAAAUAAAGUGGCAAGCAAUUAAGUGUGUAUUUGUAGCCUAGAUGAUGAACCAGUGAUUCUUGUUCUGGCAUUGUCCUAUCAUGUAUUUCAGUUUCUUCACUGGAAAGAAGAGUACUGAGAAGUGGGCUGUAUACAGUUAAUGGCUGUGUGAAUUCUCCUUCAAAAAAAAAAAGUCCUUUGUACUACAGGAGCCUGUGCUGGAAGAAAAAAAAAAGAAAAAGUUUUAAUUUCAGACCAUCCUGUGCGGUGACUUUGGUCUCUGAGUUUGUGAGGAUGCCACACGGGCCUCCCCUGAGCUCGUCAGGUUUAGUGUGUGGUACUUUCUCUUGUCCACACCGUGUUUGAUUGCAGAUCCCUUUGAGAAUCUGACUGAAGGACUGAAAGCUUUUCUCCAAAAAGGGGGGGCUUUAAAUGUGGUGUGUGGUUUCAGGGGAUCCUCUCCCCCAAAUCCUAGACCUAGAAUUUAACAUUUAAAGGAAUGAAGCAAGAAUGACAGGAAGAGGUGGUUGCUCUUUGGAGGUUGGCACCGUGCCUUCCCUCCUUUGAUCAAAAGAGGGAGCUGCCUGCUCCUACAGCUGGAUCAAUUAAAUUCUUGCCAAACAAUAUAGAGAAAAAAA